CACCGCUAUCAACUCAACUCACUCUAAAGUCCAAACAGAGCGAGACUCGGACGAUGGCUCUUCUUCCAGCCUUCCGCUCUCUCCUCCUUAACCAUAUCUGCAGAGCUGCUUCUUCGUCUUCUUCUAGGUCAACAACAGCCAUGAUAUCCUCAUUGUUCCCCUUCUACAUCUCCAUCCCCAACUCAAACAAACUCUCUCUCCUCUUCUCUUCCACCCCCACCCCUAAAACCCUAACAAAACCCCACGUCACUCCUCAAGAAAAUGCGCUACUACUUACUACCAGAGAUGAGCGCUUGGGACCCAGUGCUGUGAACCCGGACCAGGUGGUUGCAGCGUCUUCGAGCACGAUUGCGGCUAUCGUCACUUCCUUGGGAGGUCCGCCGGGUGCGGUGGGGAUCGUGAGGCUUUCGGGCCCGUCCGCGGUGUCUAUCGUUGCCCGACUCUAUCGUCCCACAACUAAGAAGAAAAGAAACAUGGGGAAGGCCCCCGAUUGGCGGCCGAAGAGCCACGUCGUGGAGUACGGCGUGCUUUUGGACCGCCACGAGAAUGUCAUUGAUGAGGUACUUGUGGUUCCCAUGUUAGCUCCGAGAUCUUACACACGGGAAGAUGUGGUUGAGCUACAGUGUCAUGGAAGUGAAGUGUGUUUACGUCGUGUAUUGAGAGCUUGUUUGGAAGGUGGGGCAAGGCUUGCUGAACCAGGAGAGUUCACCCUUCGUGCAUUUCUAAAUGGCCGCUUAGACCUUUCUCAAGCUGAAAAUGUGGGAAAACUUAUUUCAGCCAAGUCCAUAGUUGCUGCAGAAGCUGCCUUAGCAGGGAUUCAGGGCGGUUUCUCUUGUUUAGUGAAAUCUCUUAGAAUACAGUGCAUUGAGUUGCUUACUGAGAUUGAAGCUCGUCUAGAUUUUGAUGAUGAGAUGCCACCGCUAGACUUGAACCUUAUGAUGCAGAAAAUACAUUCCAUGGCGGGAGAGGUAGAGAAUGCGUUGGAAACUGCAAAUUACGACAAACUCUUGGAAUCUGGGCUGCAGGUAGCAAUUGUUGGUCGGCCAAAUGUUGGCAAGUCAAGCCUCCUCAAUGCAUGGAGCAAAAGUGAGAGAGCAAUAGUUACAGAAAUUGCUGGAACCACGAGGGAUGUCAUAGAAGCAGGUAUUUCAGUACAUGGAAUCCCAGUCACACUCCUUGAUACAGCAGGUAUCAGGGAAACUAAUGACGUUGUGGAGAAGAUUGGUGUGAAGAGAUCUGAAGCCGUCGCUUUGGGUGCUGAUGUCGUAGUUUUUACAGUUAGUGCUCCUGAUGGGUGGACCAUGGAAGAUGCCAGACUUCUGGAUAGGAUUCAGUACAACAAGAGUGCAAUCGGAUCUUCUUCUCCGCUGAUCCUUGUAAUCAACAAAAUAGACUGUGCUCCAUCUGCAAGCUCUGAAUGGGCUGAUACCCAUGGAAGUUCUUUCAAUAAGGUCAUUUUUACAUGUGCUGUUUCUGGACACGGAAUAUCAGAUUUGGAGGCAGCAAUCUUAGAGAUUGUGGGUCUUAACAAGAUCCCUUCCGGGGGAAGCAAAUGGACUGUGAACCAGAGACAAUGCGCGCAACUUGUUCGGACCAAGGAAGCUCUUGUGAGGUUGAAGUCGUCAAUAGAGGAGGAAACGCCUCUUGACUUUUGGACAAUUGAUCUUAGGGAAGCUGCACUUGCCCUUGGCCAGAUAAGUGGAGAAGAUAUCUCUGAGGAAGUUUUGUCAAACAUAUUUGGCAAAUUCUGUAUUGGUAAAUAAGUUUCAUGAGUAAGCUUUGCCAAUGUUCGAAAAGUCACUAGUCGGGUGGUCGGCCACUUUCGAGCUUCGAGGCCCAGUAAUCGGCGAUUGAUUGGCUCAUAGCAAUUAGUAAUCAGCAAUUAAUUGGAGCAUAUCAAUUAGCCGGAUCUAGAUAGAUAGGUUCCGCCAGCGAUUAAUUUUGAUUUUUAGAACAUUGAGCUUAGCAUAGCUCGUCCGUUACAAAUUUUGUCUCCUUUCUUGUUGUGAAUAGCCCAUUUAGCAAUUGGGUUUGGAGUAUCCUUUUCGCUUUCAGGGAUCCAGACGGUUGGUUUCGGUGCCCAUUCAGUUAAUGCUCAUUUUGCC